UGAUUAAACCGCCUGCAGAGAUGUUCUGUAACCUGAUGUUGGCCUGUUCUGUUCUUCUGCUCUCCUGCAGUCACCUGCUGGCACAUCCUGUCACAAACACAGCUGAGAUGACCUACAGCAGCCCUGAUUCAGUGGAAGAUGCUGGAGUCGGUACGGAUGAUUUCAUUGAUCUCCUGCAGAGGGCAACAGUAGGACAUUCACCGCUGCUCACCAGAGACAGUUUAAAAAUGUCUGGACAGAUUCCAAAAGAAGCUUUGAAAGAGGUUCUGGUUGAGAAACCAUAUCGCCUAAUGCCUGCCGGUUCUCUCUGGAGUAGCAGGAGACAGUUCAGGAAGAGAGGAAGUGGGGCUGACUGUUUCUGGAAGUAUUGUGUUUGAGAAAUAUGUGAGCAAGAACAUAAGGGGAAGAGUAACAGGGCUUGUUUUUCAAACACAUACACAGUAUGAGGACACAAACAAACUUCAUUGGUACUCAUAUCUUAUGGGAGAGCCCAUAAGCCCUCAACUUCCAAUUGGCUUUAUUGCUUUUAAGAAUAUAAAUACUAAACUAAUUAUAUUUUCUACCCCUACUCAGGUUUUACUAUAUUGUAAGGUCAUUUUUAUACACACAGUGUACACCCCCCUCCAC